AUGUCGGUGUCGGUGUCGAUCCACGCUCCAAUGACAUCAAGUCUUAUGAAAAACGCAAGGUUAAUAAGGCAGGGCAUCCUUACCAAAGCUAAACCCGUCUCCCCCGACGCAGAGUUUCCCGCGCCGGCUACCUUCGCAUUUGGUGUUGCCGUGUCGACCAGUCUCACUAAUGCAGCUGGGGUGAUGCUCAAAGGCUACUCAUUUAGCUUUGAUGCUAGAUACACGUCGAAACAAUAUUCCAACGUAAAGGCGCUCAUUUUGACCCUCAUGGAAACAUGGUGCAAAUAUGUCUUUGUUGUGAUCUCAAGAGCCAUCCAGAACUACGACAAAAGAAGACACAAUGGGGUUCGUAUCCAAGUAUCUCAUGGUAGCCCUGCGGUUGUGGGAACUCAUCUCUCGGUCAUUAUUCUCGGCAUUCUCGCCCGCUUUCUCCAUCUGCUCACCAAGGCGGGAGCUGAGCACGAUGGGCGCGUUAUAUACGCCAUCUCCUUCGCCGUAAUCAGCACCCUAUACUCAAUAUUGUUCAUGCCGCCGUUCAUGCACGCGUUCCUAGCACUUCCAGCCGACUUCGUGCUCUUUGUGACGUGGCUUGUUGCUUUCUGCCUUUUAAUAGUGUAUAUCGUGUCUAGCGUUCGGCGGUACUAUCCGUUUCCCGUCCUAGGGCCCGGCGACAUCAAUUACGAUGGGUGUGGUCAGUGGAGAGCUGUUUUGGCUUUCUCGUUUAUCGUGUCCUUCACCUAUCUCGUCAGCGCCAUUUUGGGUUGUUCUAUGUUGGCUGGCGGAAAUUUGAAGUCGGGCCAGACCAAAGAUGAGGCAAUCGUAGCAUUUCGUUUGGACGGGAUGGUACUCUUUGGUCGUAGCACCUUGGCAUAUCAGCGGGAAAUCGUUGCAUCUUUCGAGCUGCCAAGGACAGUCUGGUAUGGAGUUGCACUUUUGUGCGCUCGCGGCGAUUCCGCCAGGGUGGAUUCGUGGAAGGCGCAAGUGAUUGGUGCGCAGCGAGCGAGAUCCGCUUUCUCAUCCCAGGAUCCUGUCAGAGCUGGAGCGAGCUAAGAGUAGUCGGGAUCAUUAGCUAUCCCAGCCUGCAUCGUUGCUUCGUCGUGAUCUCUUUGUGACUUCAAAAGGGUCGAGGGGCCACCGUGUGAAACCAGCCGUGACGGAGGUAACCGUAGGGGAAGAGAGUUUCGGUGCCUUUUGGCAAAGUGCGAUCCAGCGCAAGGGCAUCGCCAUAACUGCUUCGGGAAAGUGAAACUCUUUCCAGAGUGCUCCAAUCUGUCAUGUCCGUUUCUCAACCUAGAUCAUACAGAGACCAUGAGAAGACAAUCUUGCGACGGAAACGCCACUCCAGUGCCGGGUGAUUCGCAGCAAUCCACGCAGCAGUUCACGAACCUCCCCAUUGGAAAGGUCACUUUCCCCUCUUAGUUCCUUAACUCCGCCGUGACUGACAUAUUACAGCGAAACAGAGUCAUGCAGACAUAAUCAUAG